AGAGUGGCAUGUUCCCGAAGCGACCCCCUGCUUUGGGUCCUGAGGAGCGCUGUGGGCGCCCCGGAGCCCCAAUGCGGGUCUCGGGAGCUGAUGGCAGGAGCGCGGGCGAGGGCUGCUCUCAGAAGCUGGUGGCCGCCAGCCUGCUCCGCUUCCUCCUGCUCGUCCUCAUCCCCUGCGUCUGCGCCCUGGUCGUGCUCCUGGUGGUGCUGCUGUCCUUCGUGGGAACAUUAAAAAAGUCCUAUUUUAAAUCAAAUGGCAGCGAACCUUUGGUCACUGAUGGUGAAGUUCAAGUGCCUGAUAUCCUUAUCAACAGCAUUUCUAACAGGAGCACGGUGCUGCCCACCACGUCUCCUCACCCACCCAUGCCAGCCUGGACUCCGGUGGAUGCUUCUCGCUCUGGGGACCAGAGUGUCAGGAAUGCAAGCGCCUGCACGAACAUCACUCACAGCCUGUGUCAGAUUCUGCCCUACCACAGCACCUCAGCCCUCUUCUUCUCGAUUGUCAAAAUCAUGGACGUGGAGAAGUUCCUCAAGUUUUUCACAUACCUGCACCGCCUCGGUUGCUAUCAGCACAUCAUGCUGUUCGGCUGCGGCCUCGCCUUCCCUGAGUGCGUCAUGGACGGGGAUGACAGACAUGGCCUCCUGCCCUGCCGGUCUUUCUGUGAGGCUGCGAAGGAAGGGUGCGAGUCUGUCCUGGGGAUGGUGAAUUCCUCGUGGCCCGAGUUCCUCAAAUGCUCCCAGUUUAGAGACCAAGCCGAGAGCGGCAGCAACGUGAGCAGAGCUUGCUUCUCGCCCCAGCAGGAACGCGGUGAGCAACGUCGGUGCCUGCGCUUCCUUCCAUCUCGGGUUUUGAUCGACCUAUAUCAACUAUGUAGGAAGCGUGCAAAUAAGCGUAUAGCUCAAUAA